AUGAUCUCAUGUCCACUGAAGCAGACCAACGAAAUUGAUUGGAUCCAACCACUCAAGGACUAUAUACGCCAGAGCUAUGGUGAAGACCCGGAAAGAUACGGCCAAGAAUGCGCAACCCUCAACCGAUUGCGCCAAGAUAUGAGAGGCGCGGGGAAGGAUAGUGCGACAGGGCGCGACCUAUUGUACCGGUAUUAUGGGCAGCUGGAGCUCCUGGAUCUGAGGUUUCCUGUGGAUGAGAAUCACAUAAAAAUAUCAUUUACUUGGUACGAUGCAUUCACACACAAGCCGACCUCUCAAUACUCCCUAGCUUUCGAGAAGGCCUCAAUAAUUUUUAACAUAUCCGCCGUCCUGUCCUGCCAUGCUGCUGAUCAGAACCGGGCGGAGGAUUCGGGCUUGAAAACCGCCUAUCACUCAUUCCAGGCGGCCGCGGGAAUGUUCACCUAUAUCAAUGAGAACUUUCUACACGCACCGUCGACCGACCUGAACCGAGAGACUGUUAAGACUCUGAUCAAUAUCACCCUAGCCCAGGGUCAAGAGGUCUUCCUCGAGAAACAAGUGGCCGACCACAAAAAAGUCGGCUUCCUUGCAAAACUCGCCAGUCAAGCAGCUUAUCUAUAUUCACAGGCCGUUGAGGGGAUGCAGGAGUAUGCGAAGGGCGUCUUUGAGAAGGUCUGGGUGGUUGUGGUUCAGGCUAAAGCGGCGCAUAUGGCUUCGAUGGCUUCUUAUUACCAAGCCCUGGCUGACAGUGAGAGCGGAUCGCAUGGAGUGGCCAUUGCCAGGCUUCAGCUAGCCGAGAAGAACUCAACUGCUGCAUUGAGUUGGGCCAAGUCCUUCCCAUCAUCCGUACCUCCCAAUUCAAACCUGAGCGCUGAGUCGGGGUCUUAUCUGUUGGACAUCGUCAAAUAUCACCUUGCAACUGUACAGGCUAAGCUCUUGACAUUCACCAAGGACAAUGAUUUUAUCUACCACCAACCAGUUCCAAACGAAGCAGGCCUGUCGGCGGUUGCAAAGCUGCCUGCGGCAAAGGCCAUCCCAGUCAGCGAGCUCUAUCAGGGACAGGAUAUCCAGCGGAUCAUCGGGCCGGAUAUUUUUCAGAAACUCGUACCUAUGUCCGUCACGGAGACAGCCAGUCUCUAUGACGAGGAAAAAGCUAAGUUGAUUCGGGCGGAAGCGGAGAAAGUUGAGACAGCAAAUGGGGAAAUGGCCGCGAGUCUGGACUAUCUGAAGUUACCUGGAAGCUUGAACAUUCUCAAAGGCGGAAUGGACCAGGAGAUGACAGUUGACGAUGAGUUCCGACGAUGGUGCCAAGAUCUUGCGGGACAUCAAUCUUUCACCAAAGCUUUUGACGGUCUGCAGGAGCGCAAAUCAGAAGUUCUGAGCCAGCUGGAUCAAUGCGCUAAGCAACUUGACCUGGAGGAAAGUGUUUGCGAAAAGAUGCGCUCUAAGUACGGGCCUGACUGGAGUCAGCAGCCUAGUGCAAGGCUGAAUACUACACUACGCGGCGAUAUACGCACGUAUCGGGACACUGUCAAUGAAGCCAGUGCCAGCGAUUCUCAACUCCUCUCUACGUUCCGACAGUAUGAGUCGGACUUUGAUGAGAUGCGAUCUGCAGGAGAAACAGACGAAGCCGAUGUACUGUUCCAGCGAGCUAUGAUCAAGGCCGGGUCUAAGCUUGGCAAGGGCAAGAAUGGUCAUGGUAGCCCGUACGCACCAACAUCGGAAGGAAGCCUGAUAGACGAUGUUUACGACGAAGGAGGACUUUCAGUAGCAGAACAGAUUUCCAUGGUUGAGUCCAUUCUAAAGAAAUUGAACCUGCUCAAGCGAGAACGGUCCCAGGUCCUGAAAGACCUGAAAGAGAAGGUUCAUACUGAUGACAUUUCAAAUGUACUCAUACUGAACAAGAAGUCCAUUGCUGGGCAGGAGGCGCAGCUUUUCGAAGCUGAAUUGGAAAAGUUCCGCCCUCACCAAAACAGGUUGCUUCAGGCCAACCAUAAGCAAGCCUCAUUAAUGAAAGAGCUCACUAAAAUCUAUGGCGACUUGCUCCAGGACAAGCGCGUGCGAGCCGAACAGUCGAAAUAUGAAACUAUAACUCGUCAAAGAAAUACAGUCAUGGCGCGGUAUAAAAAGGUAUACGAUGCGUUCAAUGGCCUGCUGUCGGGCGUUAGGCAAGCACAGACUUUUUACACGGAAAUGGGCGACACAGUGGAGAGCUUGCGGAAGAAUGUGGAAACUUUCAUCAACAAUCGGAGGUCGGAAGGCGCUCAGCUUUUAGGACAAAUCGAACGCGAGAAGGCGAGUAGUGCGACAGACCAGGAGGAUCGCGAACGGGAAAAGCUCAGGCAGUUGAUGGAGCGUCUUUCCACAGAGCCUAAGCCGUCUUCUUCCUCAUCUUCAGGAGUGCCGGCGAAGGUGAAGUCUCCUCCACCUCCUGUCCAAACACCCAGCUAUCCGGGACCUGGCAUAUCUUCCCCGAAGAUGUCGCCGCGUUAUCCGCCUGUCACAGCACAGUCUCAUGGACCGCCUCUCUCUCACUCCCCAGCACCUUAUAAUCAAUACGCAAACUCUGGAGCCGGCGUCUCAUACGUGCCGGGCCAACCCUUCCAACAAGGGGCGGCAGCACCGCUAACUGAGAGUUAUAACCCCAUGGCCUAUCCAUUCCCCGCCUCCGCCUCGCCUCCUCCAACCCAACAAUACUUUUCGUCAACACCCACCCCAUACAGCGGCUAUUCCAAUCCAACUCCACCCACUGCACCCUCGCAAUUUAUGCCCCAGGGGUACGUUCCGCCUCCUCCGCCACCGCGUCCCCAGCAAACCACGUAUCCCCCAUCCACCGGACCCUUUCCCUCUGGCCCUGGCGGGUACGCUCAAAGCAGGCCGUACGGCUCGAGUCAGCAUCACAAAGUGCAGUCACAAUCUUCACAGUCGCAAGGCCAGCCCGCACCCCCGUCAGCUGAUCCUUGGGCUGGUCUCAAUGCAUGGAAAUAA